AUGCGUGUUGCAGCUGCCUUUGCCGCCCUUCUCUCAGUGGUUGCCGCCGUGGUGCCAUCCACUUCUAGGGCCCCCGCGCCUGAGGGCGAGCAAGUAGAAUGGAUCACCCACGAAUCUAAUAGCCUCCAGAAGCGUAUUGAGGGUGGUGUCAUGAUCUGUACCGACCUCAACUGGGGUGGCCAGUGCGGAUUCGCCAAGCAGCCAUGGGAUGUCUGCAUUCGACUUGAUUCUCCCUGGUGGCACUCCAUCACUUCUAUCGGCCCUGAUGAGUACAAUGCUAUUGUCGCUUACGAGGACUACAACUGCGAGUCUUCAAACACCCUCACUAUCUGGAACCCCGGUUACUCCGAUUUGACCUCUGCUGGCUGGAACGACCGCAUCGGUAGCUUCAAGGUCAAGCAAAUCUCUGGUCCCAAUUGCCUGUGGGACUACGGUGUCCCCCAACUGCCCAGCAUCAACUGCCGUGUCUGCUGUAACAACUGCAACCGAUCUGGUACCGGCUGUUGUCCCGCGGGCAUGUUCUGCUAG